AUGUCUUCUAUAAAAUACCGACAUCUGAGCCGCGACUCGGCACAUCGACAAGCCCUGCUGCGCAACCUCGUGACAUCCCUGAUCGCCAAUGAAUCGAUAUCCACGACGUACGCGAAGGCGAAAGAAGCGCAACGGCUGGCCGAGAAGCUGAUCACACUGGGCAAAAAGAACACCAACGCAGCCAAGCAACGGGCAAAGAGCAUAUUCUUCGAGCCCGAACGACACAUGGACAAACUGUUUACUGUGCUACGAAAACGUUACGAACACCGACCGGGCGGCUACACGCGAGUGCUACGACAAGAAGCGAUCCGGGACGACCAGGGCGCCUCGGCGAUCCUGUCGCUGGUCGACGGGCCGCGCGAUAUGCGCUUCAGCAUGACGGCCAAGGCGCUCGCGCGGCAACGCAAGGAGGGCCUGCCCAUGCAUGAACUCACCGCCGUCAAUGUCCGCAAAGUCACGCGCUUCCGGGAGGGCGGCGAGGAGGCCCUCGAGCAGGAGGUCCAGAGGCUCGAGGCCGAUCUGGACGCGCAGACCGCCGCGGAGGAGAAACAAUUCGAGGAGGAUGGCACGCUGUACGAAUGGGCACGCGGUGAGAAGGAUCGCAGGUCGACGGCGAAGAGUAAGGAGAAGAACGGGCCCGGUCGUCUGAGAAGACAGCGGGUCGGAGAGGAUAAAGAGUACUAA